AUGGAAAUGAGAAAUCAAACUGCCGUCUCUGACUUUCUGCUCCUGGGCUUCUCUGAACACCCAGAGCAGCAGCCUCUCCUGUUCGGGCUCUUCCUGAGCAUGCACCUGACCACCCUGCUGGGAAAUAUACUCAUCAUUCUGGCCAUUGGCUCUGACCAGCACCUCCACACCCCCAUGUACUUCUUCCUGGCCAACCUCUCCUUCAUCGAUACCUGCUUCACCUGCACCAUCAUCCCCAAGGUGCUGGUGAACAUCCACACACAGCGCCACACCAUCUCCCACACUGGGUGCCUUGUGCAGAUGUACUUCUUCAUGGCAUUGACCCUGCUGGAUGACUUCCUGCUGGCCGUGAUGGCGUAUGACCGCUAUGUGGCCAUCUGUCUCCCUCUGUACUAUACCAUGAUCAUGCGUCCCCAGUGCUGCCUUCUUCUGGUAGCUGUAUCUUCAUUCUGCUCCAACCUGCUGGCCGUUUCCCUCAUUCUUCUCGUGGCUCAGUUCUCCUUCUGUGCCUCCCACACCAUCCCACACUUUUUCUGUGAUGUACCUCCACUCCUCAAGCUUGCCUGUUCAGACACUCAUCACUUUCAGGUCACAAUGUUAACUGAAGCAGUUCUCUCAGGCAUGAUUCCACUCACCUGUGUCCUGGUCUCUUAUGCUCACAUCACACACACCAUCCUUAGGAUCCCCUCUGCUGGGGGGAAACACAAACUCUUCUCUACUUGUGGCUCUCACUUGACAGUGGUCACUCUUUUCUAUGGGACACUUUUUCUCGUGUAUUUCCAGCCAUCAUCGUCCUACUCAGCAGACACUGGAAUGACUGCAUCUGUGAUAUACACAAUGCUUAUCCCAAUGCUGAAUCCUUUUAUCUACAGCCUAAGGAACCGAAACAUGAAGGAGGCUUUAUGGAGGCUCUUUGGCUUAGAAAAAUGCAAUACUCGAUAA